GGCAGAGAGACAGGAAGGACAUGUUGGACCGGCUGCAGUCCUGAACUCCACAUCUGUCCUCCCGCGAUGGAUUUCGUGCUGAGCGGAGUUGCGGCGUGCGGAGCAUGUCUGUUCACCAACCCGCUGGAGGUCGUCAAAACGCGAAUGCAGCUCCAGGGAGAGCUCCAGAGCCGGGGCACUUACCAGGUUUAUUAUCGUAACGUUUUCCACGCUUUUUACACCAUCGGUAAAGUGGACGGACUGGCCGGCUUACAGAAAGGACUGGCGCCCGGCCUGGUGUAUCAGUUCUUUAUGAAUGGAGUCCGGCUCGGCUCGUACGCCAUCAUUGAGUCCUCCGGUUACAUCCACACGAACGGACGGGUCAGCGCGGUGAAAACCACGUUAGCGGGGGCAGUGGCCGGAGUGGUGGGAGCCGUGAUGGGCAGCCCCGUAUACUUGGUGAAGACUCAUCUGCAGAGUCAGUCCACCUCCUCUAUUGCAGUGGGACAUCAGUAUAAACACCAGGGAAUGGUCCAAGCUCUGGCAGCGAUCUACAGGCAGCAUGGCAUUCUGGGACUGUGGAGGGGCUCCAGUGCUGCUGUACCCAGGGUCAGCGUGGGGUCAGCUACACAACUCUCUACCUUCUCCUCUUCCAAGGAGCUUGUGAUUGACCUACAGGUGUUCUCAAAGGACAGCUGGUUGGUGGCCCUAAGUGCCGGCAUGAUCAGCAGUGUGGUGGUGGUGAUGGCUAUGACGCCAUUUGAUGUAGUGAGCACGCGACUCUACAACCAGCCCGUGGAUCACUUGGGCAAGGGACAGCUCUAUAAAGGAUUUGCUGACUGCUUUUCCAAGACGCUGAGGAAGGAGGGCUUGAUGGGACUCUACAAAGGCUUGGGAGCGUCUUAUUUCCGGCUUGGGCCACACACCAUUCUGUCUUUGUUCUUCUGGGAUGAACUGCGCAAGCAGUACCAGGAGUUCAGAUAACAUCAGGGACAAGGAAAUGGGAAAUGGGUAACUCAUUAAGCUCUGAGUGCAUAUGUUAAAUGAGUCCUCAUUUAAUGAGUUCACUAUUAUGAAGUAAAAGAAAAACCAGGCGAUGCUGCUGUCCUUUCUUAAAGGGAAAGAGAAAGAGCAAAGGUUACAUUAUACACUCCAAUGAGAAAACACAGUCAAAAUGCAUCAGAGAGAAGGUGAAAAUGUCAAAACGGAUAUCAGAGAGAUAUCAUAAAAGAUUUGACUUAGUGACAAAUAUGCACAGAUGUGAAGAUAACUUAUAUAGGAACUUAGAAGAUAACGCAAUAGACCUCAUACUUGAUGUCCUCCAGGACAAAUGCAACAAAACCUCAUGGCUCUUUUAAAGCUCUCCAAAAUAUAUGAAAUAAUCUGCUCUGAACUGGUCCUUCCUGAGAAAAUUAAUGGAUUGUGCCAACACAUGUUAACACAGGUAACAGUCUAAACUAGUGUAUUCAAAGGGAAACAUACAGUAUGAUGAAACAAAGAUAAAAGUAAAUGCUGCUGUUUAAUCAAGAGUAAAGAAAUGUGCUAGUCAUACAAAAGCAAAUGACCUGCAGUAGCCUUGUAUUUACUGGAGGCAACGCAGAGUGUAAUAUGUCAACAGAAGUAAGACUUCUGGGCAUUUCCUGUAAGCAACUUUGCCUUCAAGGUAAGAAGUGUUCUUAAAGCAAAGAGAACCUGCUUAUAACUAAUCUAGUCAGUAUAAACUUUGUUCAAACCCACAUAACUUAUUUUACAUUUUAAUGGAGUUUCCAAAUGCAACAAAUAUGUUAGGCCGAGUUUUGGAGAAAAUGUUUAUAAAAUGAAGUCCUGACUUUGAAUAUUUCACUUGGUGUAAACAUCAUAUAGCUUUUAUUAAAUAACUGGAACAGAAUAUAUUAAUUUAUAUUGUAUAUAUCACAGUAAGGAUAAUUUUUUAGAACCUCAAAUGGAAAAAAGGGAAAAGACAUCAGAUUUGAGUUACAUUAUUGUUGUUUUUUACAAAUGCCUUCAAUAUGCUGUAUCGUCCAGUUUAUUGGUGAAUAUUGUACAUAUCAAUCAUUCUGACCAGCGUACUGAUAUGUACAAACGCAGUUUAGUGCGUCAUUGUCAGAAUUAUUUUAUUUCUUUAUGCAUCUUUAUUUAUUUUUAUAGGGACAAAUACAUAAUAUUUAUUGAUUGUUACGCCACUUAUGCCUAGAUGGGCUUUUUUAGAAUAAUAAAUAGUGCAAUAUUAGAAUAGAUGAUAAAAUCACUAACAAGAAAAACAGUAGAUAAUGUUAAGUACAGUAAAAGUAGAUAAAGAAAGACCUGGUAUUUUUAACUUAAAAACUAAAUUAGUUGACUUUAAGUUCAUGUAUCAUUUGUGCUACAUGGCUUUAUCAUCAUCAUGUACAGGGUAAUGCCAGGAGAAGCUUGCCAGUGCAGUUUGAUUUGUAAGUUUCCGUUUAAAUUGACUCAUUUAUCUUCUGUAUGUUUGCAAAAUCUGUGAUUUGAGAUACUUGCUGUUCCUGUCCCACCACUAAUAUCCAUUAAUUCAUGUGACCUUUUAGUAUAUUGAGAUCAUCCUGAUUCAGAACAUCGUUCCAGUGCUCCUUACAAAGAGCACUCUCCAAGGUUGCCAGAUCAGUUCAGUUCAAAGUUGACAAAAAAAUGUAAAUACCAAAAUAAAUUUACAAUCUUAACUGUGAAAAUAGCAUUGAUACGAAAAGCUACUUACAAAAUGGUAUGCCUUAAUCCAGAAUGAAAUAAAUUUAAAUAAUUGUCAGAGAGUAUAUUUUGUAAUUCAAGUUGAACUUGCAAGUUUGGUUUAAAUCAAAUUUAUAAUUGUAACUUCUUUUAUUUAUUUUUUGUUUGGUACAUUUAUCUAAUCAAUUGAUAAUGAAAUCAUCAAAAUUAAUACUUCUACCUGAUGUAUUUGAUAUUGUUACUAUAAUAUUUACUGUCUAACAUUUAAGCCAUUAUUUAUUACAGUGUGUUGUUAUGGCCUUUGAAAAAUAAUUCAGUUCAAGACAGGAGUAAAAAACACUAAUCUUAAAUUAUUUUGGUAUUGAUGUGAAUGAAUAUCAGUCAUGUCAGUCAUGUUCAUCAUGUACCUACUAUAAUUUUACGAUGUCCAGCUCAGCAUGAGCAUGUUACUUAGCAGCUUAAAAUAGGCUUAUAGCGUAAAGGCAGAUGACAUGAUGAGUUGAGUUUUUCUUCACACAGUUAGAAAAGGGCGUUCCACUGACUUCAACAGCUCUGUGUCAUUAUUGGUACAGCUCCAGUGUGCGGUAGACUAAUGGUUUUGUGAAGCUUUUGCAGAUUAUUCUGAUCACCGUGAAAUGGACUGUGUUAACAUUGUGAACACUGUUUAUCGUGACGUGUUAUAAAUGUACUGUAGCUUUAUGAGCACAUAUUUGUCAUCUUACAUAAUACAACACAGGAGACAAUGUUAUUUGAGUUCAUUUGUAUUAUGAAGCUUUGGUCUCCUUAUAUUGCCAUGUAAGACUUUGUAACUUCUCGAUGUAAUGCAGUUAAUCUGUGAAUGAUUCCUGUCAAACAAACUUUGUGCCAAAACGUUUGCAGUUCGUUUAGUUCACAUCAAGCCAAAUGAACAAUUUUCAGUGGUUCAGACACCAAGUAGUACUGAAAACUCCAAACUGAACUGGCUGAAACAGAUUAGAAACUAGACUGUGUGAACAAUUACUGCUACGUAAAAGACCCCUCAGUAAAAUCUAUUCAGGAGUGAAAAACAUUACCAAGUACACCUAAAUUCUUAAUAUAGUAUGCUGUCCACUACCUUGAAUAAAUAAAUGAAUAGAAACCUGUUAACAGUGGUCUACAAUGACUCCAAACUCCAAACUUACUGGAUAAUUUAUAUAUUUUAGGUGCCUGGGGAAUGAAGGAGAGAGGUUGUGGGAGGACUGAUUAUGUAUAGUACAUGCAAUAAUGUUAUUUUUAGUUUUUAUACAUUUGUCAGGAGAUUGCUUAUUUGCAGAUGGUUCCACUGUAAAGUUGCUGAUGACUUGCAAAUGUAUAAUGGCUGUUACAUGCAGUGGCGUGGCUAUGUCUCACAAAUGUGUUACUAAUUGCACCAUGUCUGUGCAACGGACUUAAAUUAUCACUUUUUAUUGACGAA